CAGCCACCUUCCUGCACGCGCCCGGGCCAUGGACUUCAGCGACGGCGAGGCCUUGCUGCGCGCCAGCCACGUGGGCCACGAGGCCGCGGUGCGUCUGCUGCUGGCGGACCGCGACGCGCGCCACGCGCUGCGCGGGGCCUCGCCUUGGUGCGGCCGGGCGCUGCGGGCGGCGGCGAAGGGGGGCCACUGCGGGGUGGUACGCCUGCUACUGGACGCCCGAGCCGACCUUGAGGGGGAGCUGGAGACGGAAGAUGAGAAUGAGUCGGGGGACAGCCCCCUGGUGCUGGCCAGCAGCUCUGGGCGCUUGGAGGUGAUCCGGGAGCUGUUGCACCGCGCCGCGGAGAUCGACCGCCCCUCCGGCGGCCUCACGCCGCUCAUGGCGGCUUCGGCGUCCACGGCCUCGGGGGCGUCUGGGGCGCUUGCCGCGCUGCUGGCCGCAGGGGCGGAGGUGAACCGCCGCUGCGAGGGCGCCACUGCGCUGCUGUGGGCGGC